UGAGAGAGUAUUUAUAUAAAUUUCUAAAAGAAGGCAGAGGUACUAAAGUAUCACACCUCAUUUCUGCAUGGUAACUCCAAUUUGUGAGUUCCUAUUGGAGUUUUAGAAUAGAAAUUAGGAACUCCUUCAAUAGAAGAUACACACACACACAAAAAAAAAAAAAAAAAAAAGAAAAAAAGGAAGAGGAACAAGUAUCAACAGGAGAAGAAUAUAUAAAGAAAGAGGUUCUCUAACAAGUCAUAGACAACCUCUUAAGUGCAUUGUUUUCUAUAUACUACUUAAAUGGCAGGAGGUGAGGUGAAACGGAAGAAGGCGUUUUCGGUAUCUGCGGCACUAGUAUGGAUGGUUUUUUGCUUGCUGAUCAUGAAUGAAGUUGUCUCUGGGGAGAGAAUUUUGAAAGAUAAAUUAAACCCGGAAAAUUUUGUUGAUGUGGAAGAGAAGCAACAAGGAGUUUUAAUGAGAGUAGCUCAUUUUCUGUGGCAGAGUGGGAAGUCUUCUUACCAACAUGUUUGGCCUGAGAUGGAAUUUGGUUGGAAAAUUGUGGUGGGAUCGAUAGUUGGAUUCUUCGGUGCGGCUUUGGGAAGUGUUGGUGGUGUUGGAGGUGGUGGAAUUUUUGUUCCAAUGCUUACUUUGAUUGUUGGUUUCGACCCUAAGUCUUCUACUGCCAUUUCUAAGUGCAUGAUUAUGGGCGCUGCAGGGUCAACUGUGUACUACAAUUUGAGACUUAGACAUCCCACACUGGACAUGCCCAUUAUAGAUUAUGAUCUUGCAUUGCUCUUUCAGCCCAUGCUAAUGCUAGGAAUCAGCAUUGGAGUUGCUUUCAACGUGAUGUUCGCGGAUUGGAUGGUCACGGUUCUGCUUAUCAUUCUCUUCUUAGGUACAUCUGCAAAAGCUUUAUUGAAAGGUAUAGAUACAUGGAAAAAAGAGACAAUGAUGAAGACGGCCGCACAGAAGGAGCAGGAAGAAGAAUCAGAGUCCAAACCUGGCGAGGGAUCUAGCGCAGACUACAAACCUUUACCAAGUGGUCCAGCUGCUUCACAUGAUGAGGAGGUUCCUAUGCUGCAAAACAUAUACUGGAAAGAGUUAUCAAUGCUUGUGUAUGUCUGGGUGGCUUUCCUUUUUGUUCAGAUUGUUAAGACUUAUUCUGAAACUUGCUCCAUCAAGUUCUGGAUCCUAAACUCCUUGCAGGUACCAAUUGCAGUAUCAGUUACACUUUUUGAAGCCAUAUGCUUAUACAGAGGCACCAGGGUGAUUGCAUCAAAGGGAAAAGAAAUCACAAACUGGAAGUUGCAUCAGAUUUUUCUUUACUGCUCCUGUGGAAUAGUAGCUGGUAUGGUGGGUGGAUUGCUCGGCUUAGGAGGUGGCUUUAUCUUGGGACCCCUUUUCCUUGAACUUGGAAUUCCCCCACAGGUAGCAAGUGCUACAUCAACCUUUGCAAUGGUUUUCUCAUCUUCCAUGUCAGUUGUACAAUAUUACCUUCUCAAACGUUUUCCAGUCCCAUAUGCUUCUUAUUUUGUAUUAGUUGCAACGAUUGCUGCUUUCACUGGCCAGCAUGUAGUGAGAAAGAUAAUCGCAGUUGUCGGAAGGGCGUCUAUAAUCAUCUUCAUCCUCGCAUUGACAAUCUUUGUCAGUGCAAUCAGCUUAGGUGGGGUUGGCAUAGCUAAUAUGGUUGAGAAGAUGGAGAACCAAGAAUAUAUGGGAUUUGAGAAUUUCUGUCACCAGUCUUGAGCAUGUUACAAAGUUAUGUAGUUAUAUAGCUGGGGAAGUUCCUCUCACGUACCUUUCUUUAUCUUGAAAAUCUCCUAGCUAGUGCAUGAAAUUCCAUUUAUAUUCAAGUUGUAUUUGUACCAGCAUCUCCUAAAAAUUGGUCUCCAUAAUUUUCUUAUGCACAUCAUAAACCAUGUUAUUUCUUUAUGAAAAAUUUUCAAUGAUCCAAGAAACAUUGUAAAAGAAACCG